AGACAGGGGUAUAAUGGACAUUUUCAAAAUUUUGCUGGAUGUACUGGUGCCCGAAGCAAAAUUCGCCAAAAGGAAGGUCAGAAAGAGAAAAUCAUUUUUUUCACUUUAAGCCUCUUUGCCCUCUCUCUGCACACCGCUUCCUCUCUUGGUUUCGAGAGGUGAAAAUGGAGUCGGAGGAUAGCUUUAGCGACCUUAUUAAGAUGGCAAAGAAGCUUGAGUCAGACAUAUUAGCCAAGAUUAACUUCUCUUCUGCACAUGUCAUUGAUCUAGACAGACUCCUUUGUGAUACCUUUAUCAGACAGUGUCCAACACCACUUGAUUAUGACAAUAGAAGAGAUUUGGUUCACAUCUUCAAUACGAUGACAAAGGAAAUAUAUGGGAAUGGUGAUGGCUCCCCUGUUGUGGAGGAGUAUGGAUCAUUUGUAAUGGAUAUGUUUGAUGGAAAAAGUGAUAUUGACUUAUCUCUCAAUUUCAAUAAUUCAAUUGAAGUUUCUCGGCAGAAGAAGAUUUCAGCCCUUUACAGGUUUAAUAAGAAAUUACAGUCAAUUCAAAGUAAAGGACAUGUUACUGGUUUACAGUUAAUAUUUAGUGCCAGGGUACCGAUUAUAAAAGUUACUGAUAGUGGAACGGGUAUUGAAUGUGAUUUAUCAGUUGAUAAUAGGGAUGGCAUUAAUAAAUCCCAUAUUAUCCGUGCAAUUUCUGACAUAGAUGAAAGAUUUCGAAAGCUAUGUUUUCUGAUGAAAUCCUGGGCAAAAGUGCAUGAUAUCAACUCUCCCAAAGAUUCAACUUUGAGUUCUUUUUCUAUUGUAUCAUUUGUCGCUUUUCAUUUGCAGACUCGCAAUCCUCCUAUAUUACCUCCAUUCUCUAUUUUACUCAAAGAGGGAGAUAAUCCUGCAUAUGUUGCUAAGGUUGUUGAAACUUAUUUCAACUAUGGGAAACAGAACAAAGAGUCGUUGGCUAUGCUUUUCAUUACUCUUUUAGUUAAGCUAGCAUCAGUUGAAAAUCUUUGGCAGAAAGGAUUUUGUGCCAGCUUAUAUGAAGGGUCGUGGAUUUUAAAAUCAUGGAAAUGCUCUUACUCAAUGAGUGUUGAAGAUUUCAUAGACCGGUCCCAAAAUGUUGCUAGAGCAGUUCGAAAGAAAGUUAAAUUCAAUCUAUGGAUGUAUCCAUAAAUCUCUUGACUACCUUAUGCAGUUUCGAAAUGGUCAGAUCCAGGGAAAUAAUUUGAUGGACGUUUUGUUUGAAAAAAAUACUGCUUCUACUCUGGAAGUUGGGGUUACUAGCCACAUAGUUCAAAAUAAGAAUAACCUCCCUAUUUUGGGAAAUCCGCAUCCACCAAAAAAGAGGAGGUUAGAGGAAAAUCAGGUUCGGAUACCUAGUGGAAAAAAAAUUGUUCAAGGCUUGCAAGGAACAGGGCCACCCCAGAGUGCGGGUUGGAUGCAGCAAGCUCUUGAUGAAUCUGUGCGUAAUGUGCUUACUUCUGCGACUUCCACCAUUUCCUACCAACCUAUUUCUUCUGUGACUUCCCCUGUUUCCUAUCAACUUCCUGUUCCUAUUUCUAGUACCAAUGUUAAGGUGAAUCCAGGGACAACUUCUCAUUUUUCCUUAAAUGCAGGAGCUUUUGGACAUCCUUAUAACCCACCUUCCAUAAAGCCUCAUGUUGCACCUCAAACUUCCCAAGAUUUUUUUGCCACAGUUAGUAAAAAAGUUUUAGCUCCAUGUCCUUGUCUUCCAUCAAUUAAUUCACACCUUCAUCAAAAUCCUCCUUCCAUACAGCCUCGUGUUGCACAUCAAACUUCCCAAGAUUUUUUGGCCACAGUUAGUCAAAAAGUUUUAACUCCAAGUUCUUAUCUAUCAUCAAUUAAUUUUCACCUUCAUCAAAAUCCUCCUUCCAUACAGCCUCAUGUUGCACCUCAGCCUUCCCUUGAUUUUUUGGCUACAGUUAGUCAAAAAGUUUUAGCUCCAAGUUCUUAUCUUCCAUCAAUUAAUUCAUACUUUCCUCAAGUAGGCCAUAAUCCAUACAGAGAGAAGGCCUUCUACAAUCAUAGGCGCUAAAGGGGUUGCUUUUCAUGGUAUAUGCAUUUGUAGAAUCAAAUUAAAAUUAGAUUAAAAUAAAUCAUCUAUAUGCAAGCGAUCAUUUCUCUUCUUUGCUUCCCCUGUACUGUCUUAUAGCUAACAUCUCCCUGACUUUUAUGUAGUUCAGAAUGUAAAAUACAUUUCCCUUUUCAUGUAAGCGUGAUAAAUGUUACAGCCAGAGCAGAAAAUUCCCCUUCUAUUUGUUGGAGUUCACCCAACAUGACUGACGGAAGUUAUGCAUAGUGAUGUUGCCUUUGACUAGCGUCUGUUUUAUGAAGGCUGAAAGCCUGAAACUGUUGUGAUAUUUUAUGAAACUGAAACUGUUGAUACGGAAUAGAGGAUUAGAAAGUCGUCAUUUCUUUAAUCGUGGAUAUUUUAUGGACUGUAAUUUAUAGUCCAUAGGCCAGAAAUGGGAUGGCAACUCAUUCUGAUAUUUUGUUUGAUGAUACGGUGUUUCUUACUUUAUUAUUCAUUGUGAUAUUUUGUUUGAU